AUUUACUGAGCUCGCUGUUAGUUGUGCAAUUGGUAGAGCAGACUAGGGUCAGCUGCUCCCCAGAGCCGUGGAAACCGACUCAGAGCCGCCUCGUCUCAUCUGCCUAAAAUUCCAAAGUUAGAGAGAAAGUCCUUGCAGUUAUGGGGACCCGGGGUAGGAGCUCUGAGUGGGCUGACCGUGGAGCUGGUGAACCUGAACUCAUCCCUUGGGCACACACGAGGAGAAGCCUGAGAGGUGAAGCUGCUUCCCUUCUGGCUCAGGACCCACCCUCACUUGCGGUGAGAGAAGCACCAGAGAUUGGUCAGAGCCCCUUGCCUAUAGCAUCACCUGGAAUCUCAGGUAAUCUGUUUUGCCAGAGCAUCAUUAAAAAUUUUCUGGACAAGGUGACUAGAGAAGAAGUGUACUACAUACUCUUUCAUCCAGAGGCUUGGGAGAUGGUGGUGGCGAGAAGUGGUUUGGACAGGGAUGAGGCCGACACGCUGUACCACAUCCUGAUGGAAGAGUUGAUCCGAUGGAAGGAAGUGUCCAUGCCGGAAGACCUCUCGCAGGAGGAGAAGAUGUUUCUCUUAUGCUUUCCCCUGCAGAAGCAUAAGCUGGAAAAGAGCAUCAAGGAGCUUCGCGCCAUCGCAGACCAAGUGGACGCCAACCAUAAGAUGCUCACCAAGACCAACCUGGUGGCCAGCACCUCGGGCACUAUCUCCGGAGUCUUGAGCCUCUUGGGUUUCGCCCUGUCCCCCGUGACAGGAGGGGCCAGUCUGAUGCUCUCAACGGCUGGACUGGGCCUGGGGGUGACAGCAGCUGCCACCAGCAUGUUGACAAGUUUCUUAGAAGACAAAAACAACUCGACAGCCCGAGAGAGAGCCAGCAAGGUGAUACAGAUGGAAACCCCCGCAGCGAACGACACUCGGGAAGGAAUAGGGUUUCCCAAAAUCGGUGCCACUUUGACCUGCGUCGAUAGGUUUGUCCAAGCCCUUCACCACGUCAAGGGACUUCGGGCCUACCAGAUGGCCAAAGUCAACUCUGGCUUCAUGGCUAAGGUCAAAGAUUUCAUAGCCACAGGCCGUGUCCCCUUCUGGAGGGCGGGAGGGCAGCAGACAGCCUCCGCUCUGACCAUGACCAGAGGUGCGCGGCUGCUGGGCGCUGCUGGGGCUGGCUUCCUACUCAUGUAUGACGUGAAAAGCCUCCUGGAGAACUGGAAGCACCUGGAGGACGGGGCCAGGGCAGAGACCGCCGAGGAGCUGAGGUCGGCCGCCCGGGAGCUGGAGCAGGAGCUGAAGCAGCUCAACAUGCGCUACACGCAGAUCCUCCAGGGCGGGGCUGGCGGAAGAGCCGGUCGCCAUAGCAGGAGCCAGCAGACCCAGCGCUACGAGACACACAGUGUCCGAGGGUGGGAAGUGAGAGCACUCUGCCAGCCCCAGCAUGUCCAGACGCCCAAGGGAACCUUCUAGAAGAUCCCAAUUAGGGCACAGAGAAGUUGACCACUCACCAGUAAGACCGGCUAAGACAGGAGCAAACCAGCUGUGCAGAAGGGACCAGGAGCGAAUGAAAGUAAUCUCCUUGAGGGCACACCCUGAGAUGUCCCCCCAUUCAUCACAUUUAUGUUUUUGAACGUGUGUCCCAUGAAGGGACACGCUUGCUCAGAAAGGAAGGCACCUGCUUUUUCCUCUAUCCAAUUAGCAUAUUUCAUGCCACUUACAUGCUGACCCCUUGUCCUUAAACAUACCCAACCCCCAACCCUUCAGGUAGAAGCUCUGAGGUUUGUUUGAAUAAACCCUUGAAUAAACCCUUUCCUUGAGGCAUAA